CACGACAAGGAUGCUACACCCGCAGGCCCGUUAUCAUCUCAUCGGAGCAUUCAUCUGAGGUCGCGUAAUGCAAAAAACAAACACCCCCUAAAAUGCGGGAAUUUAAAAUGACUGGAUGAGCUGAGCAGUGUUUUAGGCGAUCGACGAUAGCUGAUUGAGAAAUGCACGUCCACCGCCCUGCAUUCUUAAAUAUUAUUGUUACAGCGUAGGUAUUGUUGGGAGAGACCACUGGCAAACAGUAAACAGGGUGAAGGUAGGAUGGAUUUAGCCAUUACAUGUUCAGUAAAUUCACGCGAAUGUUUUAAAUCUGAAAUGUUCCCAAGAGGUUCAAGAUAAAUAUUGACCUUAUGGAUGUACUUGACAUGUUUACUCAUCUCCAGUCUAUUUUCUUCUUACCUAGCAUAGCUACAGAUGCCAAGAGCGUUAUAUCCCGUAUGUGAUCAUCUUUACACGAUUGUUUCUUUUCCCGCUGUCGCAAUCUAAAAUGCUACAAAGUUCAAAUAUUUUGGGGCAUGAAAGACCCCUGGUUAUUAGGGUAUCAUUCGCCACCUGUGUUCUGGCGACUGUGUGCCUACCCCUGCUCGGGCUCAUCACUUGUGUCUUCAUAUCCUCUGUUUUUCAUUUUGAAGAUGCCACUGGUACACACUGCCAGGUUCCUAAUUACCUGCCAUCUAUAAGUGCCUCUAUCAGCUUAAGUCCUGAGUGCCACAUUUGGCGAUUCUGCAUUGGACUACACUCAGCACCAAGGUUACUGGUGGCUUUUACCUACUUCAAGUUUUACAAGGCUCGCUUUGCUACCAGGUUUCUAGAGAGUUCACUCAGCUGUUUAAACCUGGGCUUUUCUAUAUCUGAAAACCUUGGACUCUUGUUGCUCACAUACGUAUCAUCCACUGAGACUUACUUUGUGCAUAAGGAAGGUUUUGUCCUGUUCAUUGUAAGUUCUCUAAUCUACAUGUUGAUAACCUGCCGUUUAUGGAAAUCUAUUAAGAAAUAUUCCUUAAGUCCUGAGGAUGCCAAAUCUCACCACUGGAAAGUGCGUUUCUUACUUCUCAAUGUAUGCUUCUGUGCUUUUGCCGGAUUCUUUUACUGGAAACACAACAUGUACUGUGAAUCAGGAAGUUACACAUUUUUUGCCCUGUUUGAGUAUCUAGUUGUUUUCUCCAAUAUGGCCUUUCAUCUUACAGCCGUGUGGGACUUUAAGAGCCGGGAGGUCAUGCUCAUUUCAUCUUCAGAGGAUAAAGACUUCUGACUAGAAAGUCAAGGACUAGGUACUACAUGUACCACCCCCCAACCACCUGAUGACAGCAGCCUUGAUCCUGCUGAAGAGGAAGAGUGGGAUGAAGGCCUUUUCCAUAUAUUUCCAUGAUGACUACUCAUAAAUCCUUAGUGAGUGAUGAUGUCUGACAAAUGAACAUAAGAUAUGCACAUGUGCUACUGUAGGGGUAUUAGGAUAACUUUAAGUGCAUUUUUUUUGCCUCAGUGUCUCAUUCAUGGAUGCCUUCACCAACCUACAUGAUGUUAUGUAAAGUGACAUUUUAACUUUUAUACACUGCACAGCAAAUAUGUGGUCAUACUAGAAAUGUGCCAAAGUAAAGUGAUAGUUCUUCAAGUAUGCUUAGCUUUUAUUUUGAAAUAUAAACUCAAGGAUAGGAAAUGGAUGCAUUCUGAAUUCUAAGCCUUAGUGUCCAGCUUCAGAAACACUGCACUCUAUUUAGAGUCCUCAAAAAAGAUUGGCACCGAUACUCACUUUCAUGUAAUAAAAUGCAAUAUUCAGGUUGCUGUUGACAAAGCGCUUUAUUCUAUGUUGUUACUUAUUUAUGGUUUAUUUUUAAAGGGCAAGUAUAUUACAGGAACCACAUUACACACCAGAGUAUUUUUAACCUUAGCUAGUUUGCCAUGCCCAUUCCUAGUCAGGCUUUUAAAACACAAACAGAGACAUAAUAAAGUUCAGUAAAUCAUAACUUUAAAUACUUCUGCAAUAUUGGCAGUUGAAAUGUUAAUUUAACACUUUUCAAAUCAGAUUUCCUCAAUAAUAUGUGAGGAACUGUGCACACUAUUGUUUCCUGAUUACCUAACUCUUCGCUGUGCUCCCCCAAUAAAAACCUGUAGAUUUAAAUGAAAGAGUAUACUCCAGAUUGACAUGCCAUAUCAACAGAUUUAGGAAAAACAUGAUAAAAUCAAAUGAAAUUAAAGUACCUAAAUUUAAAAAACAAUCAAUCAAUCAAUCAAUCAAUCAAUCAAUCAACCGUGUAAAAUAAUCCAAUACAGUGAAUAACUUACCUGAGAAAGUCCUAUAUUUGUGAAACUGAUAAUACUCAGGUCUUGUUAACACUGUGUUAGGGAUAGAUUCACAUUUUUGUGAUGAUGGUUAAAUUGGCAGGUUACAGCUCAAAGUUAAGAUCAGCCUAUAAUAUCAAUACACAAGCCUAUAUUAUCUGAUCUCAAUACCAGGAAGGUUCAGCUAAAAAUACCUAUGUAACUGGCAAAUUUAAUUUAGGGUGCACAAUUUAAGUUGGUUUAGCCUGACUACCUUUACACAACUUCAGCGCAUCUCUUUAUACUAGUUAAACCAUUAUCAGUACCAUAUCUGUUGGUGCCUGUCCUGUUUAUGUAGGCCUUACACUUUCCAUGUAUGCACUAAGGAAUUCCUGCACAUGGAAAUAAAUUUGUCUGGUUAAAGUUUAAAUGUAAUUGUUUGCAUAUUUGCGCAAACUGUGCUGUGCCUAAUAAACAAAUCACUGUAAAGGUUAUUUCAUCGUUCUAACAGAACUUAAAAUAUAUAUGCACUUCAACUUAUGAUUGACUUAAGACAUCAUUAUAUGCUACUGUUCAUUUGUAUUAUACCACCAAGAUUGUAAGGUAGUCUCAAAAUAUUUCCUCUGUAUAUAUCUUGCAAUAUGAUUGAAUUUGAACUGCUCUGAAGUGUCUUAUAAUCCACCCAUAUAUCUAAACCAGAUGAUGCAAAUGAUCCUCAGGUUACUGGCAAGAAGCAUAGUACUGUGUAGGUUCUAAUUUUAAUCAAUCUAUCAAUCAAUAAUAUUAAUCAAAUAUUAUGUGACAAA